AUGUUCAAGGAGGAAAACUUGUCAUUACCUACUAGAGCACAGUCUCCAAUCAAUAUGCCCAGACGGGCACAUCCUGGUGCGGUGCUGCUCUCUCCAAAAGCUUCAGCUAUGGGAAACAGUCUGAGCACUGGAACGGGAGCAAUCGCGCAGCUUCCUUUGAGCCCGCAAUUGUCGUCUCAGCACAUGUCGUUGAACGACUUGUUAGAUCAGCAGCAAAAUAUGCUGUUAGAUUCCCAGCGUGCAGCAGCAGGCCCUGCUGUCGUGUCUCCGCUGGUCCAACCGAACAGUUCCAUGUAUUUGGAUACAUUCACAAGACCAUCUAGUAGCAUGACUCAAGCACCUGCACCUCCUCAUAGCAAUGUUGUUAUUAACUUUGCCAAUGACUUGAAUCAGUUAUGCUCAUGGAUGUCAAUGCUCUCUACAUCCCAGCAGAAUUCGGUUAUGGACAAUCUCUUGUCUUCGUUGAACGAGGAAGUAUUGCAACAUACCAAAUUGAAGUUGGACAGUCUCAUCACAAGUGGCUAUAUUUCUCCGAGUGUGAUGUCUCCACAAAUAGUUGCACCAAUUCCAGAUAGAGAUGUUACACCACAACCUUUGACAUUGGAUUCGUUAUUGAAUAACAAUUUGGGGGUUAAUAUGAAUCGUCAAUGGUCUCCAGCGGCUCAGUCUACUACAAAUCCACAACCUAUCUACGAUUAUAUCAAUGAUCUAACUCAGAGACCGCGUUCAGCUGAACCUCAGCACAGGAAAAAGUUUGGAACCCCAGGUAAACAACAGCAGAGAAAGUCACCAACUCAAAGUAAGUCUCCCACUCAAAACCCCAACGGGAACGCAGGAAAUACUAAUGGGACUCCCGCCUCAUCUUCUAUGAAUCCGAAAACUUUGACUGAUCCAACAUUACUUGCAAACAUACCUGCAUGGUUGAAGUCUCUACGACUUCAUAAAUAUUCUGAAGCACUCGGCGGGAAGCCAUGGUUCGAAUUGAUUUACAUGGACGAUGAGAUGCUGGAAAAAGUUGGAGUUUCCGCAUUAGGAGCACGUAGAAAACUCUUGAAAGCAUUCGCUGUGGUGAAGGAUUGCAAAGAACGUGGAUUGAUUGACCCAAGUGCGUAUAAAUAA